GGUUAGUCGUACCAACUACCAUUUGGGAUCUCACUUCAUAAAACCCCCCAAUUUGCUUAAAUCAAUACAAAAUUGGUUACUCACAUUGUUUGGAUCAAUCAAGAUUUCUGAUGAGGAUCGAAGAUGGAGUGUCAGGUUCCCGAAAACAUCUAGUUUUCGCCUAUUAUGUUUCUGGUCAUGGAUUCGGUCAUGCCACACGUGUUGUUGAGGUUGUACGCCACCUUAUUGUUGCGGGCCAUGAUGUUCAUGUGGUGACCGGUGCACCGGACUUUGUCUUCACCACCGAAAUACAAUCGCCACGCCUUUUUCUUCGAAAGCUAGUGUUGGACUGUGGUGCUGUUCAAGCGGAUGCUUUAACGGUGGAUCCGGUUGCCUCUUUGGAAAAGUAUUCUGAGACAGUUGUUGCGCGUGCUUCUAUUUUGGCUACAGAAGUUGAGUGGCUGAACUCCAUCAAAGCGGACUUAGUGAUCACAGAUGUUGUUGCGGUUGCAUGUCGUGCAGCAGCUGAUGCUGGCAUACGCUCGGUUUGUGUUGGGAAUUUCAGUUGGGACUUCAUUUAUUCGGAAUAUGUGGCGACUGCUGGAUAUCAUCAUAAGUCAAUAAUUUCUCAGAUAGCUGAGGACUAUUCACAUUGCGAACUCCUAAUUCGUCUACCUGGAUAUAGCCCGAUGCCUGCUUUUAGGGACGUUAUUGAUGUGCCGUUGGUUGUAAGGAGACUGCAUAAAUCACGGAAGGAGGUGAGGAGUGAAAUGGGAAUUAGUGAGGAUGUGAAGCUAGUUAUACUCAAUUUUGGUGGACAACCAGCAGGUUGGAAGUUAAAAGAGGAAUAUUUGCCUCCUGGUUGGCUCUGCCUGGUUUGUGGAGCAUUUGAACAUGAGCUUCCUCCCAAUUUCAUAAAGCUGCCAAAAGACGCGUAUACCCCUGAUGUCAUGGCAGCAUCUGAUUGCAUGAUUGGAAAAAUUGGAUACGGAACUGUUAGUGAAGCCUUGGCGUACAAGUUACCUGUUGUAUAUAUUCGCAGAGAUAAUUUCAAUGAAGAACCAUUUUUGAGAAAUAUGCUUGAGUAUUAUCGAGGUGGUGUUGAGAUGAUAAAGAGGGAUUUGUUCGAGGGUCAUUGGAGACCAUACCUUGAACGAGCAACUAGUUUAAAACCGAACUAUGAUGGUGGGGUCAAUGGUGGCCAGGUCGCAGCUCGUAUUUUGCAGGAUGCAGCUGAUGGAAAGAAUUAUGCAUCAGACAAACUUAGUGGAGCCCAGAGACUACGCGAUGGAUAUCAGUUACAAAGAGUUCACGAAGGAGAUACCAAUAUCCCAGAAUGGUACGUGAGGGCUGAAUUUGAACUUGGUCUACGUACCGGAUCACAUUCAGUAGAUAAUAAUGGUUCAAGUUUGUGUGAGAGUUGUUAGAGCUGUUGUUACCAUUUCAGUUUAAUAGCAUGUAAAUGGACGUGUUAUUGUAAUUGCUUAAUCAACCUCAACUAUAUGGAGGUUGACAUCAUUUGUUCAAUGAAUUUAGAGAAACAGAAUGAAAAGAACAUUUCUAUUUUGAAAUUUGAAAUUUAAGUAGAUUUA